GUGCUGUUCCUGGGCCCACUCAUGCAGCUGGCGAUGGACUGUCCCUGGAGCUUCAUGGACGGGUUCCGGGUGGCCAUAGACCCCUGGUUCUGGUCGCUGUGUUUCAGUGACAUGCGCUGGCUGAGGAACCAGGUGGUGGCCCCGCUCACAGAGGAGCUGGUGUUCAGGGCCUGCAUGCUGCCCAUGCUGGUGCCCUGCGCCGGGCCCCUCACCGCCAUCUUCACCUGCCCCCUGUUCUUCGGAGUGG